ACUCUGCAGCCCGAGUUAUCCAAAAUGUUCUCCUCUAGGGUGCUAAACGUGACUCCGUGGCUCUGCUUUACCACCCGUGCCGAACUCUGAUAUCCCACUGGCAACAGCUUCGGUCUCGCCCAAAUUAGCUUCCCGAAUGCAACCGUCGCUCCUUCAACACAGUGAAGCUGUGAGCUGUAAGUGCAUUAGCUUAAUCCUCUCUGUCAAGCACGCUGCCAUCCGAGCACUUCAGGGAGCAUGCACUAAGGCAGGGAAGUGAGGAUGGAGCUGUGUUUAAACUAAAAUGAAGAUAAGGACACACACCCAAUAAUCUGGGGGACAAUGCUGAGAGUCAACGUGCAUGUGUGGAUGCUGGGGCUACUCUGUGCAGGAGCGUCCUACAGUGAGAACAUCGGUGGAUGUGAACAGCUCCCAUGCCAAAACGGUGGUGUGUGUGAGAGCCACAACGGAGGAUUCCGGUGCCUUUGUUCCCGGCAGAGCCCGAGCGGGCGUCUGUACGGCGGGGAGAACUGCACCGUCGCGCUUUCGGGCUGCGAUGAAGCCCGGUGCGAGAACGGAGGAAUGUGCUCUCCUUUGCUUGUGAAUGAUCAACACACCUACACGUGCACCUGCCUGCUGGGCUACACCGGGCCAAAAUGCCAGACCUCCACCUUCUUCUCCUUUGAGACCCAGGGCUACAUGUAUGUUAAAACUCAGCAGCUGGACACAGAAGUUCCACUUAAUUUGACGUUCAGCUUUAGGACAGAGAGACCGAACGGCACCCUCUUUCAGCACAGAGUGGAUGACCUUCUCCUCAGCAUUGAGCUGAUGGAUGGACACCUCCGCCUCAUCAGCCUAAGAAGACAAGGCUCCAGCACUCUGGUUCAGGAGCUGCCAAAGUAUUUGUCCGACAGCAAGUGGCACACAGUGGAAGCAUCACUAGGUGGUGUGGUCAGCCUCAUCAGGCUGCUCUGCAGCCAGGGAAGCUGCACCAGCAAGCCCAACACUGAAGUCCAGCUGCUUGAACAGGCUGCUGCUCUCCCUGACCCUGGGGAUGUUCGUCAGAGCCUCUUUAUUGGAUCAGCCGGGAGGAGCUGGGCUUGGGCCAGAACUCUGGGUCCAGCAAACGAUGCACCUGCGUUUCUGGGCUGCUUCAGAGAUGUGUUUGUAGACUCACGUCUGGUGCUGCCUGCUGACGGCUCUGAAGCCUCGGGCACACAGGUCAACGUCACAGCGGGCUGCAGCGACAGAGACAAGUGUGAUGAAAGUCCGUGUCAGAACAGAGGGCACUGUGUGAGCCAGGGCUGGAGGAGCUACAUCUGCGAAUGCCACAGGCCGUACGAGGGACCCAACUGCGCUGAGGAGUACAUCACUGCCCGGUUUGGGAACAACAACCUCGAGAGCUAUGCUGAGUUCUCAUUGACCGAUAACUCUGGCACAUCUGUCAUUAUAUCCAUGUUUAUUCGGACCAGACAGUCCUCUGGCCUGCUGCUCACCCUAGCCAACAGCACCAGCCAGUACCUCCACCUGUGGCUGGAGGAGAGCCGGCUCAAGGUGCAGGUUAACAACUUUAAGAGUGUAUCUGGUCUGAAUGUGGUCAACGAUGGUCAUUUCCACCUCAUCAGUGUGAAACUGGAUGAAACAACGGUUAGUUUGUUCCAGUCAGCCCGAAGCCAGGGUUCUACAACUGUCAGGCAUGUCCAAACUCACCCUGGUGACUUGGUUCUUGUUGGGGGACUACCAGACUCAAGAGCCUCUGCUUCGUUUGGUGGCUACUUCAAGGGAUGUGUCCAGGAUCUGAGGAUCAAUGGCAGACGACUGCAGUUUUAUCCAGUAGCUACUCCAGUAGAGUCCCACAACCUGGUAAAGCUUGUGGGCGUGGCUGAAGGUUGCAGCAGUGAAAACGCCUGUGCUACCAAGCCUUGUCUGAACGGGGGAGAGUGUUACUCCAUUUGGGAUGAUUUUAUCUGCAGCUGCCCCACCAACACUGCAGGGCGGAGGUGUGAGAAGGUGAAAUGGUGCGAGCGGUCCCCCUGUCCCACCACUGCUGUUUGCCAGCCUCUCUCUCAGGGCUUCGAGUGUUUGUCCAACGUGACGUUUCAGCUUGAAAGCAGCAUUCUGCAGUUCCGUGGUAACGGGAAGAUCAGCAGUAGUCUCACUGAUGUCUCCUUCAGCUUCCGCACCAGACAGCCUGCAGGGACUUUGCUUCAUGGACAAAGAGACUCUGACUUUUUCACCAUCUCCCUCCUGAACUCUGGUCUGGUCAUGGAGCUCAGGGUUGGAGCAGAUCAGGUGACAGCUCAAAGCUUCGGUCCUCUCAGUAAUGGCGAGUGGCAUACUGUGGAGAUCAACAAGGAGAUGCAAACAUCCAGAUGGGUCUUAAUCGUGGAUGGAGGUAAAGGAAACAUAAGCGUUUCCCAAACGAAGGUGAAGGACUUUGACUUUCUCAAAGAGGGAGCAGACAUUUUCCUGGGAGGUCUCAGUCAGCACUCUGGAGUCCUGACUGGCUGUCUGGGUCCAGUAAGGAUUGGGGGACUUCUUCUUCCAUUCCACCUGGACGCAGAGCUGAACAUCCCCAGGCCUCAGGAGGAGCAGUUUGUGAGGAUGACUGCUGAUACUGCUCUGCAGUACGGCUGCUGGGGGGCCCCUGUGUGCACACCCAACCCCUGCCAGAAUGGGGGGGCAUGUGAAGACCUGUUUGACCUGCAUCAGUGCAUGUGUUUGCCUGAGUGGACAGGCUCGUUAUGUCAGAACCCUACAGACUACUGCAACUCCAGCCCCUGCAUCUUCGGCAACUGCGCCAGCCUACCAGAGGGGUUCAGGUGUGAGUGUGACCCGGGGUUCACUGGUGAACAGUGCGAGGUUGAAGAGGAUGUGUGCGAAAACAGCAGCUGCAGCAACGGCUCCACGUGCCUCAAGGGCUUCCAGAGUUACACGUGUCUCUGCCCUCGAAACACGACUGGCCACUACUGCGAUGAGAAAAUCCCUGAAAUCCCCUGGUACAUCGAGACAGAUCCGCUUCCUGAGCUGCCCGUGUCUUUGUGUUUGGGUAAAAGAUGGAAGUACAGCUGCUUUAAUGGAGGAAACUGCUCUGAAGCAGAAAACCACUGCUCCUGCUUGCCCGGCUUCACAGGACAAUGGUGUGAGAAGGACGUGGAUGAAUGCGCCUCGGAGCCGUGUUUGAACGGAGGCUUCUGCAUCAACUACGUGAACAGCUUUGAGUGUGUGUGUGAUAUAAACUUCUCAGGAAUAUACUGCCAGAUGGAUGUCAGCGACUUCUACGUGUAUUUGUUCUUGGGGCUGUGGCAGAACCUGUUCCAGCUGGUGUCCUAUCUCAUCAUCCGCCUCGACGACGAGCCAGAGAUCGAGUGGGGGUUGCACGUCGACGAUUAGACGUCUCGCUGUCCAGGACAGAGGGACCAGAGCUGUGGGGAGGGGUUUUCGUGGGACACUGUGGUGCUGAAGCAAGAGGAAAGGGUUGUUUCUCCUCAACUUGCAAUGGUUUUUAUCCUGAUCUUAGCUACAAGAGACUCGAUGACUUAGAGCUGACGAGAUCACGGUUUUACCUGCGUUCUUGUCCAGGUUAGUCAUCGUUUGUGGGUGUGGUCGUUGCGGUCAGACCAGGCUGUGCCUUAAAGGAGUACUGCUUUCUAAUGGAGAGGAGACUCAUGUCUGUUUUAGUAAGGACUAAACCCGCCUAGCUCUUUCCCUCACUGUGAUGUAACCACACACGCAUUCAUGUAGGAGACUCCACAGAUAUGGCCAGAGGUGUUGGUUUCCAUAAAGUUUUCGGUUUUAGAUCUUUGUGUCAGGCGUUUCUAUGGUUACCGAGGUAUAACCCGAAACUUAUAAAGGGUUUUGGUUGACAAGUAGGUGAAGUUGACUGAAAAGGUCCACAUCUUCAGGGUUGGUCUUCUAGACCUCUGUAGUCCACCCUGACCUGCAGGUCCAGAUCCUGACUCAUGGAGCUUAUUCUUCAUCGUCCAUGUUGGGUUUGUCCUCCUGCCUCUGGAGGAUGGAUCAU